UAAAUGAACUGUGUGCUAAACAUUAUUACGCCCGUAGAAGGAAAAGAAUAAAGCGAAAUGCAGUGAUCGGUGAAAAUUGUGACGAAUGUACAAUGCUCGCAUCACCUUCGGCCAUUGCACGACAAAACCUAUCCGUGUGUAUGACGAAUCAUGGCGAAAGCUUUUGAAAUAGCCCUUACACUGGUCGUACUGCGUUCACCUCCACCAUGCACGUCAACAGAAUCUGCGGGGCCUAAGUGGGUGAACAUAGACGUGAAGAACAACGAAAAGCUGAAAACAUUGGCCCAAGACGCCCUCGGACACAUGAAGGCCAGUUUCGACCAUCAUUACGUGGUCGUCGAGCUACUGAGUGCCGAGACGAUGAAAAUAAAUGACGCGAGUGCUGCCAAAUACAAUGUGACAUACAAAGCCUCUCCAACAAACUGCCUCAGCUCUGCAGUUUUCAAUGAAACGACUUGCAAACCAACUGCAGAAAAGGCCGAGAAACAGUGCAGUACAACAUUUUUCGAGAUUCCUGCGGAAGAAUUUUAUCAAAUACAGAAAAUGGAGUGCUUUGACAUAUACUACGAAAAAUCGAAAUAGCCCAUACUCAAUGAAAAAUGU